AAAAAGAGCAGGGAACAGUGAUUUUUUCUAUACCGGAUGUGGCGCUGGUCGGGUCGCAGCCAAACUCCGAUAGGAUUGUUCCUGGUUCCCUGACCAUCGUUGACAAGGGCCACGGCACGUACAUGGUGUGGAGGCGAACGGACGCCGCCAGUCCGGAGCGGACCGACGACCGCACCACCAGCCCGGCUCGCACCGACUGGGCGCUGCUGGAGCCGGCCGUCGGCUUCCACCGACACAACAGCCGCACGGAAGAUGCGGUGUGCCUGGGGCGGGCCGAGCCGGCCCAGUUCCGGCCGCACCCGAUCGAAAUCGACCUCUCGGAGAUCCGCUCUUUGCGCGUCACCGAGCAGGGCACGCGCUGCGUGAUCGUGCAGAGCGAUGGCAGCACGACCAGUCCUCUGCGGUUCCCGUCCCGAGCCGAGACGGACGCGUUCCUGGACACCGUGUACGGCGUCACACCCAUUCAGAGGUCAUGUCGGGACAGUUCUCUGUACCUGGCCGUGGACCGGCCGCCGGCGGCGCGCGCCGGCCCGUCGUCGCUGUACGAGCUGGCGCUGCCGGUGGAGCGCUCAUUCGGCUCUGUGCUCAAGUUCGUGCGCGACUUCCAGCAGGACCCGCGCACUGCCGCUCUCUCGGGCUUCGGCAAGUUGGCCGACACCUUCCUGAACCUGGGUCUGGAGGACCAGAGGCCUGCAGAGGACAUCGCCGAUCUGCUGAAGCAGCACAGCAGCGAGUUUGAGCCGCCGCGGCUGCAGAGUACGCAGCAGGAGGGAUUCGAGGUGGUCACUGAGAUCCAUUUGGGCGAGCGACGGCCGGUCUCCAGAGAGCGCCCCCUCUCUCACCAAGAGUGGGAUGGCUUCCACGACGCCGAGGGACGCAUUGUGGACGCUGACCAGCUGCGUGAGCGCGUAUUUCGCGGGGGCGUGGAGCCAUCACUGCGCCCAGCGGUCUGGCCGUUCCUGCUGGACUACGACCGGGCCGGGAUGACGACUGCAGAGCGGCAGCAGCACCGCGAGAAGCGCAAGGACGACUACUUCCGCAUGAAGCUGCAGUGGGCCUCCAUGUCAGAGGAGCAGCUGGCUCAGUUCGCCGGCCUCCGGGACCGGCGCGCGCUUGUCGAGAAGGACGUCACGCGCACGGACCGCUCCGAGCCGUUCUUCGCCGGCGGCGCCAACGUCCAGCUGCUGCACGACAUUCUCGUCACCUACUGCAUGUACAAUUUCGACCUGGGCUAUGUACAGGGCAUGUCUGACCUGCUCAGCCCGAUCUUGUUCGUGGUCAGGGACGAGGUGGACGCCUUCUGGUGCUUUGUCGGCUUCAUGGAUCACGUGAGCAGCAAUUUCGAGCUGACCCAGAAGGGCAUGGAGCGUCAGUUCUCGGACCUGCGCGCGCUGCUGCAGGUGUACGACCCGGACUUCUGGACAUACCUCGACCAGAACGAAUCCAGCCGCAUGUCAUUCACGUUCCGGUGGCUGCUGGUGUGGUUCAAGCGUGAGAUGGAGUGGGCCGACGUGCAGCGACUCUGGGAAGUGCUGUGGACGCGGCGACCCUGUCCCAACUUCGUCCUGCUGCUGGCGCUAGCUGUGCUCGUCCAGCAGCGCUCCAUCAUCAUGGAGUCCAGCCUGGGAUUCUCGGCCAUUGUCAAGCACGUCAACGACUUGGCAAUGCAUAACCUGGAGGCCAGCUUGAAGCUGGCGGAGGUCAUAUACCACCAGUUUCGGGAAGGAAACCCGUGA